AAUAAUCAAUAAUGUUUCCAGUUGACCAUACCGACUUAACUAUUGAUAUAAUUUAUAAACAUGUACUGCAAGAUUUAACAAAAGAUAAAAAGAUUAAAAAGGUUUCACAUGAGCUUAUGAAUUUGGAAGGUAAUGAAAAGAAGGUAAUGUAUGUGUAUGAGAUCUUAAAAGAAUAUGAUCUCAUACCACUUAUUUUGAAGGAAGACAAGUGUUCACGAAAGUCUGACCACUACCGUAACCUUGGCAACGCUUUAUAUAAACAGAAACAUUUGUCCAUGGCCUGGCAACAUUAUAAUUUGGCUUUGAUGUAUGCUCCUUUGCCUAUUUUUCCAUCUUACUGUUUUGUCUUAGCCAUUGCUAAUAGAUCUGCAAUAUUCGCAGCUUGGAAUAAACAUGAAGAAUGCAUUAAAGAUAUUGAAACUGUGUUUCAAUAUGAUUAUCCUGAUACCAUAAGGGAUAAAUUAUUAAAGCGGAAAAAGAUAUGUGAGGAUGCAUUAAAAGAAAAACCUAAAUCUAACAACCAAGAUGAGGAUUGCCUUGGCAAUGAGAUAUUCAGUUUCAAGGUGCCCAAACAUGAAAGGUAUAUUGAUGCAAGCUCUAAACUCGCAGUUAAAUAUACACCCGAAUUGGGAAGACAUGUAAUUGCCAAUGAGGAUAUUGAAGUUGGUGAAGUACUAGUUCAAGAAGAUCCAUUUGUCCAAGUGCUAUUGAAGUCACAGUAUAGUAUCUCAUGUGCUCAUUGUUUUUCAAGGAAAUAUAAUUUAAAGCCCUGUCCAUAUUGUGUACUUGUUCUAUACUGUACUGAGGAUUGUAGCGCCAACGCCUGGGAGCAAUAUCAUAAAUAUGAAUGUCCUGUAGGAGCAUAUUUAUACAAAGCAAAUUUCACUAAAUUGGAACUGCUUGCUCUGCGAACCACAAUAUUAGCUAAGACAGGUCAUGCGAAUAGUAGUGCUUUGUUUAAGACCCUGGCUGAUGCAGACUCGUGCGUCAAUAAGGAAGAUGAAGGAUGCAAGAAAGUGGAUGGCAAGAUGAUUUAUUCUUCAAAGUAUUACUCUUCUAUACAUACUUUAGCCACGAAUGUCUCUAAACGGGAUAUCUCAGAUAUUUUCCAAAAAUGUGUCAGUGCUGCUGUUCUUGUGCAUAUCUUGGCUGUGACCAAUUUUAUCAAGACAGAGAAUGUUGAAGAACGUAAACAACUGAAAUCUUUCAUUGCUGAUAAUGUGCUUCGUCAUCUUAUGACUGCGCCCACCAACAUGCAUGGCAUUUCUACUAACGUAGAGAUUGAUAAUGGAAAUGUUGAAGAAGAGUAUAGUAUUGCAAGUGGAGCCUAUGCAUUUCUAAGUUUGAUCAAUCAUUCAUGUGCACCGAAUGUGGUACGGUACACUAAAUUGGGCACCUCACGUACCACUUUAUUUGCUAUUAGACCAAUCAAAAAAGGAUCACAACUGUUUGACAAUUAUGGGUGCUUCGAGCUGGUCCGUGAUGAAGAGCAGUUGAACUCCAAAUUUAUUCUGGAAGUGGAACCAAGUGAAGACAUUGGCCUGCAAAUGAUGCAUGCAACAGAAUACGAUGAUGUGGAGCCAAAAGCUCACCAUGCACUUACUGACAAGCAGACUCGGCAUGCUAUUUUACUUUCUCAGUACAAAUUCACUUGCAAAUGCGAAGCUUGCGUGUAUGAUUGGCCGAAUUAUCUUGACUUGCCACAUGCCAAAAACCUACCUAAAGAAGUGGUACAGAUGAUAAACAAGCAUUUGAGCGAUGAGGUGAUUACAUUUCUCCAGAAAGCUGAUAAGGAAUGCGCUAUGAAGGAGUUCCAGCCCUUGUGUAAGUUGGCUACAGCUUUAGAACCUUAUGUUCCUUGCAAAGAGGCGGCUAAUGUUCAGGAGAUGAUGAAGCAAUGUCUUCAGAUACUUGCAGGCGUUCUCCCUGUUAAAUUCACAAAGUCCAUUGACUUUCAUAUUCCUCCACCCGUGUUACCUAAACACAGUACUAAAUUCUUUUCUGGAGAAGGAGCCCGUGAUCUUGCAGCUUAAAUAGAUUGUCUUGCUUAUUUAUUUCAUUAUAUUUUAUUUAACUUUUUCUGAAGUUUUGUGCUACGCGAUUUGUAUUUUUUGUGUUUUUGUCUGUUGUUUUGACUGAAGGUUCGUUUUAUUAUUUGAGAUUUUCAUAUAGGGUGAUUGUGUACCUAAGUGAAAAGGAUUCACGAGAUAUUCAUUAAGUAGGGAUCUUUCCCAAACUUCUUCAAGAGCAGAUUGAAUUUGCGUGAAAUUAUUAGGUUUAUCCAACUAAAGUGACUAAUUUUGAAAUUGCAUAUAAAAGACAAUGUCUCAAACAUUCCUUUUUAGUUUUAAGGUGCAUCAAUUACCCUUGAAAUCCGAUAAUAAUUGGGCCUUUUUUAAUGCAAAUAAUAGAAACAUUGGUAUUAACAGUACCGAUACAAUUUGUACUCAAAAUAAGUGUUUCAGUUUUCGCACAAAUUUUGUAUAAAUUUUGCUUUUGCGAUUAACAUUUUGAAUUCUAGUCUCUACAAGUAUUUUAGAAUAAGUUUAAAAUGUUUAAGUUUUGAGUCGGUUUAUUGAAAAGACGAAAUUCAGAAGACUAAUGAGAUAACAGGGAUAUUAUGACACAUUUUGUGAGAUUAGAGUAUAGUCCUCGGGGCUAGGAAAGGGUAUGAAAAAUAUCAGAUGAAUUGUGAGGGGGUUGGAAAAGUAACUGUUAUAUUAUGUUAUUCUUCAGUUUAUAUAUUUUAUUAAAAAGCAUACUCCUCUGUUAUUGUAGCAUGUGUUGUAGUGCUGGCGAGUUAGAAUACCUAUAAACUUGGAUUGUUGAACAGUGAUUUUGGUUAUCUUUAACACAGUACUACCUUCUGUUGUCAUACAUCGUUGUUCAGGCCUGAUUACUGACAAUCUAAAUUAUCUUGGUUUAGAUUUUUUUUUGAAAAUUGUCAGUAUUUAUUGUAUUAAUGUUACAGUUUUGUCUUUGUCGUACAACUAAGCCAGUUAGUGGCUGGAUUCAUGUUUAGAUUAGUUUUGUGUGACAUCGAUGUCUAAAUAUUUAGCUAAUUACUGUUGAUCAGAAAAUUGGUUAUAGUAUGUCUACAAACUGUCUGGGUGUUAAACUGUAUGACAAGGGCACGGACCUAGAGUCCGUGGAGAAAUAAUCUAUAAUAUUAUAUAAAAAAAAAAACUGUCUGGGUAUUGCAUAGCGAGUUACGUCAUAAAGCCCUUUUAUGGUUUUCAAAAUUUUUAACACCUCUACGUAAUUGCUUGGCAAAGGUCUCUUAUUGCGAUUUAUAUGACAUCUCGAGCCAUUUUAGGGUGUAUUGACAGUAAUAUCUAUGAGUACUACUUUUUAUUGAUAUAUAAUUAAUAUAUAAUAUCUAUGAGUACUACUUUUUAUUGAAAAUCAAAUAGAAAGAAACCUUUUUUGGACUGAUAAGUUAAUUGAAAGAAAGAAAAGAAAGGAAAAACAUUUAUUCAGCACCAGUUACAAUUGAUAUUGACUUCAGCUGCGUCAUUGUACUUGAGUACUUUGGCAUAAAAAUUAUAGAUAUUUGAAGACAAAGAAGCGUAGUAGUAUCACUACAUAGUAUAAAACAAAGUGCUUAGAUUUUUUAAACUACGCAACGAAUUUUGAUUCGGUUGUCUUUAAUAGAUAGGGUGAUUUUUAAGGAAGGUUUAUAUGUAUAAUACAUGUAUAUUGCACCCGUGCGAAGCCGGGGCGGGUCGCUAGUAUUUUCAUAAAGCAAGAAAAGCAGUUUUGAAAGUAAAACAAUUAAAAUAAAACUGCCUGUCAGAGACAAUCGUCCUUUUUUUGAAGUCUCUUUUUUGAAGAAUAAGGUUUUUAUCAAAUCCAAGUUACCUGCAGACCUACAGCUUGGUAAAAAAGAGUUUCGACUUGGUGACAGCUGGAAUUAAUAUUGACUUGGACUGAAUCACCCACUUCGGACCAUAUCCCAUGAAAAAACAAUCGUCCGAUCAUAGUAGGUGCCUCCUCUUUUUAAACUUGAUAGCUAAAUAACAAAACUGGACGACGACCGAAUCAACGUCGAACCUGUGGCAACCUGAUACUAUCUUAAUCUAGUACUAGUUACUAGCGACCUCAACUAAGUCUAAACUUUUAUUUGCUAUGCUGUACUUAAAGAAAAUAUAAUUCUGUAUCUAUGACACAUAUUUUCAUACUAUAACAUAUAUUUUCUGAUCAUCAGUAAUAUUUGUAGUGUUUAUUAAUUAACGUAUAUUUAAUAAUAAUGUUACUAUUUAUGUAUUGGUGUUGUUUGUGCCAUUAAAAUACUAUCAGGGUUGACAUUAGAUGCUGGAAUGGAAAGACCAACUCUUUAAGGGAUUUAGAACAGGUUGUUUAUAUAAAAAAAAAAUAUUUGAAAUAUAUAAGGCCUAUGGGGUGAACAGAAUUAAACCUGUAAGUCGUAAAGUGCAUAUUUUUUUGUUAUUAUUUCAAAUUUUAGUCUUGUUAUGUGAUUUUUUUAUAUUGGUAUGUCUGAUCCAAAGGUGUUUUAAUUUUAUAGUUAUUUGCGAAAUGGAUAAAAUGUCUAAAUAGUAAAAUUAUCUUAUUUUGAUUUGGUUUAGUUUGAUUUGGACAUUACAUUGACAAGCCUAUCAUACUAAUUAACUCAACUACUAAUCGAAUUAGCUAUCUUCAUAAUAAAUUAGUAAAAUUUUAUUUAUUUAUACAUUUGGAAAACCAACAGCUAUACAAUUUGAUUAAAUAGAACGUGGUACAACAAGAAGCCAAUUACUGGUUUCCACAAUUAGUAACAGAGAGUAGAAACAUGCCAACACAGUACUAAAAUUACUUAUUAAACUCAUUAAACCAAGGCUUAUAUAAUGAUGCACAAAUUACUCCAAAUAUUAAGGACCAUAUAGGUGUCCACUAUGAACUUUCACUAUUUAGGACUUUUUGUAUAAAUAAGGACAAUAAUAGCAAUCUUUUGCUACUGAAUAACACCUCUAUGGUUCAGACAACGCCUAUAAAUAAUAUAAACAGUUUUACACUAUAAUAAUUAUAUUGAAAAUAAAGUUUAUUGUUUAUUUAUGAUAAAGUUUUUAAAACUUACAGGUUUAAAACUUGGUUUGGUUAAAAUUGAGCCUAAUACUAAUAAUAGUAAGCUUUAACAUCUAAAAUUUGUUUUGGUGCUGUUACGCUCUUGAAGAGCGAAAGUAAAUGAGAAGUACUUAUUUCUAUAAUACUGUAAGUACUUUUCAUACGCUGAAAUACUCAAACGUUACUUAAUUUUAAGUCGCGCUUAAAUAUAGAUCUGAAUGCCUAGCACGAAUAGCUAUGCAUUCGUAACGUUAUUGUAUUGACCGCGUUCGGCGUUCUGAGGCCUUAGUACGAGUUUCUUUUACGUUUAAAGUAUUCGAAACGAGUACGCGUUCGGCACUCUGAUUGGC